UAAACGGCUGUGGAACAGAUCUCGCUCGUUAGCUCGCUAGCUUGUAAACGAGACGCGGAACUUUAACUGUCGCUCAAGGAGACUCAUGACAGCUUCAGAUUUUUAGCGAAACGCUUUGGAUCGCCUGGACGAGUUCAUAUCCAGAGUCAACCAGUUCCGUUGCUCCUGUCGUUUGGCGAGACCUUGCGUGGCUCGGAAGUGAAGAUAUUUUGAAAAGCUUGAUUUGGACCCGAUACCCCAGAUUGCGUCCCAGCUAGCUGAAGAGAGCGGCUACGGCAACCUGCUGACCAGUCAAGCAAAUACAGUGACACUGAUGUGUUGUUUCUCUGAAUAAAAUAACACCAGCAAGCUGAAGCUGCCUAAAACUUGGAUUAUCGUUGUAUUUUCUUCGUCUGCAAAAUGAAGAACACUGCGUUUUUUCAAGUAUUUCUUGUGAAUCCGUAGCUACUCAAAGCAUUUUGUAAAUGUGGAUCUGACUUCUAAUUAUAUCUCAUUUAAACUUUCUUGUGGAUUUAUAAUCACCGUUGAAGCAGAAAAAGUGGAUUGUAUGAAGUACCUAGGUAUCUAGGUAACUAAAUUAUUUACGAGAACAUUUUAGCUAGCUACUGCUAACGUUAGCUACCAGUAUUGUUUUUAUUUUUACCCAGGUGUUGUAUUUAGAAAGCUAAAUAGCUAGCGCUGAAGUGGCAUGUGAAUCAGUCUGCCAUCUAUCGUAAACAGGCUAUCUGAAAACUUGGAUGAUAUGCAGAUGUUAAAAUGAAAAUAUCACCGCUCGAGUUUUGGAGCGAGGAGUGUUUUCUUUCUCUAUUUCGAUAUCCCUGUAAGUGAUUAGCUAGUUGUACUGGCUCGCUAGCUGUCUACUGUUAAAGUUAGCUAGCGUUAGUUAUCGCAUAACGUGUAACUAGUUAGUAAAUGUAAUAUUGCAUGUGAUUUAUAAGCUGGUUAACGAAAAUAGGAAAGGUUUUUGGGAGUUUUCCAAACACAACAGCGAGGGAAUAGGCAACCAGCAAUACAGUUUCCUAGCCGGCCAGCUUGUAGCAAGUAUUUGUGCGAGGUGACAUCCUCCUGACAGUGCAGUAGCUACCUACAAUGUUGUUAUCGCCUGAAAACUAUCAUCUGGAAAAGGCACCAGCCUUUAUUUUUGAAUUUUCCACGUGGGACCUUUGCCAUAUCUAGGACUGAUCUUAUUUUUCUUUAUUUUUCCCCACCACGUGUGAAGAAUAUGCUUUCAGUCCAGCCAAAUGACACGUUUUUCGAGCGCAGUAGCUACUAGUUAGCUACUGUAGCUAGCUACAUACAGGAUUCAAGAGCGGGCCUUUGGGGAUUUUGCCAACGUCAAAUUGUUUGCAAAAUAUACCGAGCUAUAUGUUGCUAGCUAUUUGUUUAUAUGCGUGCAGGUUGGCCUUAACAUUUAUUUGAAUGAACAAUCGACUACCGCUGACUUUGCCGAUUUUACAAUAACAGGACUGUCGCAAUAGAAGGGUAUUGUCAUCCUUGGGAUUUGUGGCAAUAGGAUUUUGGCGAAAUAAAGGAUUUUUUUUUACCUGGAUUGAAAAUGGGAGCAGCUACAAAACUAGCAUUCGCCGUUUUCCUGAUCUCUUGUUCUUCAGGCGCGAUCCUGGGCCGCUCUGAGACACAGGAGUGCGUUUACUACAACACCAGCUGGGAGAAGGACCGCACCAACCGCAGCGGCAUCGAGCCCUGCUUCGGCGAGAAGGACAAGCGGCGGCACUGCUUCGCCACCUGGAAGAACAUCUCCGGCUCCAUCGAGAUCGUCAAGCAGGGCUGCUGGCUGGACGACGUCAACUGUUACGACAGCAGCGAGUGUGUGGAGAAGAAGGAGGGGCCGGACGUCUUCUUCUGCUGCUGCGAGGGGAACAUGUGCAACGAGAAGUUCUUCUACAGCCCCGACACCCAGGCAGUGCAGACGACCUUGAACCCGUUCACGCAGCCACCCCCGCUGUUUAACACCCUGCUGUACUCUCUGGUGCCCAUCAUGGCCAUCGCGGCCAUCAUCCUCUUCUCCUUCUGGAUGUACCGCCAUCACAAGCUGGCAUACCCCCCAGUCCUGGUGCCAACCCAACACGCCUUUCAUAUAAUGAUAGAGGACCCAGGGCCCACACCCCCCUCUCCUAUCCUUGGACAGAAGCCAUUGCAGUUGCUGGAGAUAAAAGCCAGGGGGCGCUUUGGCUGUGUGUGGAAAGCGCAGCUGCUCAACGACUUUGUGGCUGUGAAGAUUUUCCCCAUUCAGGACAAGCAGUCGUGGCAGAAUGAGUACGAGAUCUACAGCCUGAGCGGCAUGAAACACGAGAACAUCCUGCACUUCAUCGGUGCGGAGAAGCGGGGCACCAGCAUGGACGUGGAGCUGUGGCUCAUCACCGCCUACCACGAGAAGGGUUCGCUGACUGAUUAUUUGAAGGCUAAUGUGGUGUCCUGGAAUGAGUUGUGUCACAUCGCCCAGACGAUGGCCCGGGGCCUGGCCUACCUGCAUGAGGACAUCCCCGGCCUGAAGGAUGGCCACAAGCCCGCCGUUGCCCACAGGGACAUCAAGAGCAAGAACAUCUUGCUGAAGAGCAACCUGACGGCCUGCAUUGCUGACUUCGGCCUGGCCCUGAGGUUCGAGGCAGGGAAGUCCGCCGGCGACACUCACGGGCAGGUGGGCACCCGCCGGUACAUGGCCCCCGAGGUGCUGGAGGGGGCCAUCAACUUCCAGCGGGACGCCUUCCUGAGGAUAGACAUGUACGCCAUUGGCCUGGUGCUGUGGGAGCUGGCAUCCCGCUGCACCGCGGCUGACGGCCCGGUGGAUGAGUACAUGCUGCCAUUUGAGGAGGAGGUGGGCCAGCACCCAUCCCUGGAGGACAUGCAGGAGGUGGUGGUGCACAAGAAGCUCCGGCCAGUGCUGAGAGAGUGCUGGCAGAAACACGCUGGCCUGACGAUGCUGUGUGAGACCAUCGAGGAGUGCUGGGACCACGAGGCGGAGGCGCGGCUCUCCGCCGGCUGCGUGGAGGAGCGCGUCAUCCAGAUGCAGCGGCAGACCAACGUCAUCGGCCCCGAGGAGAUCGUUACCGUGGUCACCAUGGUGACGAACGUAGACUUCCCACCCAAGGAGUCCAGCCUAUGAUGGGCGGAUCGGACUCCUGCCCGCCCCUCCCCCCGGUGGCGGAGACACACACACAUGUGCACGCAUACACAUACACACAUACACACAUACACAAACACACACACACACACACACACACACAAACACAAACACAAACACUGACCAAUGGGACUCGCCUCCCGAGCUGCUGUAAUCCAGACAGGGCCAGUUGCCCUAAGACUGUGCUCAGAGGGCGUGCCUGGGGCUAUCAGGAGCAUCUGCGCCCGUACUGGUUUCUACCCACUACGUUUAGUUACAUGUGUGCCUGAAGACUUGCUGACUUGUGGCUUUUUUACUGUAAGCCAGGAACAUUACAACAACGAAUUAAAAAAACAAAAUCAGGAUCCUUUACAGGAAGAAACCGAAGGUAGAAAAUGUACAUGGUCUCCUUGGCAACAGGACUUUGUCAUUUGAAUCAGACUUUUGGCAGGUGUUUUUGUUUUUUAUCGAAGAGUAAGCAAAAGACUUCUUCAGACGAACAUCUGCUGGUUUUUCUAUGACGUGAGAAGUUUGAAGAAAAAAAAGAAAUGACAACAUACCAGAAACCCCACCACAGUUCAUUUCAUUUCAGUA